AGCCUGAGCCCGAGGCCUGGGCCUGGGCUUGGGCUCAAACUGAGGCCGGGGCGCGGGGGCUGGUGGAGGCCCAGCUGGAGCCUCCCGGCCUGGGCUGCAGUCAGAGACAUGUUCAUAUAGAGUUGCUGUACUGAACGGCCUCAGCUUGUUGUGGAGGGUUAAAGUUGCAGCUACUCCUCCCCUCUCCGGGGAGGACGUUAAGAGCCGAGUAAGAGACUCGGUCCUGGCCGAUCCCGAUUGUUCACCGCCUCGGCCCCCCAGCCCUCUGCCCGCCCUUUAGACAGGGGCAGCAGGGUUUAACUCUCAGUCAGUCCCAGCACAGGGUGGUCUGGCAAGGCAAGUGUCACUGGACAGGGGGUAUCCAGAAACAUAGAAGCUAGGAGCAGCAGCAGUAGAGGCCAUUCAGCCCUUCGAGCCCGCUCUGCCAUUCAAUAUGAUCAUGUCUGAUCCCCGAUUUCAGUUCCAUACUCCCGCCCUCUCCCCAGAGCCCUUGACCACCUUUCGCGGUCCAAGCCCAUCCUUUCAGGCCUCGGAGUGGUUUGAUACGACUGAGUCAACCACAUUGCUGUGGACAUGUAGGCCAGACCAGCCACCCACUGACUGCAACAUCAACUUGACCCGGGUUGUUUGUUCGGAAGGAUGCAUUCUCUGGUCUUCUUUUGUGCGCAGAAAGUGAUUUCAGACCAUGCCUCAACCCGAAAAGCCCUGGACUACAUCCCCCGUGAGAUCUACCCGGUGUUGUUUAAAGCUGCCUUCCUGGACAUACGGACACUGGUGCUGCGCGAUGUGGUGCAGAGGUGGCCCUUCAGCAUUCUCAACUUCUCGACCAUCCUGAAGAGAUGCAAGCACUGUGACCGUGAUGUGAUCCGGGAGAAGCCCAACAAGCAGUGCUUGCAGGCAGUCAUAAUGGGAGUAAAGGACUACCUAAUGAACGAGCUACGACAGAACCGCAGCCCCAGCAACAGGAAACACCGAUUGCUCCGUGUUGUGGACCUCACAGGACUCCAGGAUGAUGGAGACAGGCAAGAUGCAGAUACCAUUGGCCAGUGGUCCCGAACUGUGGCUUUGGCCAAAGCUUGCAUUGAUAUAUCUCGGACUAGCAGAAGGGACGAGUACAAUUCAUCUAAGCGGAGGAAAGGCAAAGGUGGUGCCCCGCUGGAUGGAACCUAUGACAGCCAGGUGUGCGUCGAGAUCCACGCCAACCUCUUCAUCACAAGCAACUCUUACGCAACAGUCAGGGAUGCACUACAGAUCAGCAAAACCUCUCCCUUGUGUUUGAAAUGCCGAGAUCUUCGAGCAGAGGAAUUAUCUGCAAAAAAGACGAUCAGUCUCCUGGAACUGUUGGAUCCGGUAGUUCUCAAGAAGAUUGAGCUGCGAUACAACAACCUUGGCCUCUGUGGGCUCAGCACUGUGUUCCCUUACUUCCCGAUGUUUGGGAACCUGAUCAGCCUCAAGCUUCCCUACAGUAAUAUCGAUGUGAGGCACAUGACUCCUGAGAUGGAGGAGUCCUUCCAGAGCAUGGUGUCAGCGUUCAGCCAGUUGCCUAAUGUGAAGGAGUUAAACCUGGCGUCCUCCAGACUCUCCGGGCGCAUCCGGGAACUGCUGAGUGUCUUGCAGAAACCUUUGGAAAGCUUGGAACUUGCUUACUGCUACCUUCUACCAACCGAUGCAACCUACCUGGCCAACAGCCAUCACGCCCCUUUCCUGAGGAAGCUGGAUUUGAGUGGCAACAACCUAUCUGAUGUCCUUCUGGGUCCCUUUUGCCAGAUCCUGCAGCACUCCUCCACCUCGCUGGUGUACCUGGACAUCAUGGAGUGCCGGGUGAUGGACAGACAGCUCACCUCCUUCCUGCCCGCCCUCAGGCACUGCUCUCAGCUCCAGUAUUUCAGCUGUUUCUGUAACCCGAUCUCCAGCCAGGGCCUCAAGGCCUUGCUUCAUACAGCAGUGCAGCUACCAGUUCUUAAAAUAGUCGUGCACCCUAUUCCAGUCGAUUGCUAUGAAGAAGGCCUCCCCUGGCCCCCAUCUACGUAUGACCUUAUUGACUACAGCAUUGAUCAAGAGAAACUGAGUCGGGUUGAUGCAGAACUGAAUGAGAUACGGUUAAAGGCAGUGCGAACAGAUAUUGUUACAACAGUUGAGUUAUACAAUGACUUCUCACUCGACAUGUUGCAGUUGUACUGAAGCAAACAGCCAUCGUUUUUUUAAACAACAGGAACAGCUUGUAUUAAAUGCGUUUGAGACACACAUACAAUUUAUAUUAAUUGGUUUUAUACGUUCACUAUUAUCUGAUUAGAUCAAUAAUUAUAUAUCUAUAUCUUAUAGCUUACAAGCAUUGGCGCAAUUGUAAUAAAUUUCAGUUCAUUGAC